AUGAAGCUCGUGAGGAAGGACAUUGAGAAAGACAAUGCGGGCCAGGUGACCCUGGUCCCCGAAGAACCUGAGGACAUGUGGCACACCUACAAUCUAGUGCAGGUGGGCGACAGCUUGCGUGCCUCCACCAUCCGCAAGGUACAGACUGAGUCCUCCACGGGCAGCGUAGGAAGCAACCGGGUCCGCACUACUCUCACUCUCUGCGUGGAGGCCAUCGAUUUUGACUCUCAAGCCUGCCAGCUGCGGGUUAAGGGGACCAACAUCCAAGAGAAUGAGUAUGUCAAGAUGGGGGCUUACCACACCAUCGAGCUGGAGCCCAACCGCCAGUUCACGCUGGCCAAGAAACAGUGGGACAGUGUGGUUCUGGAGCGCAUCGAGCAGGCCUGUGACCCAGCCUGGAGCGCAGAUGUGGCGGCUGUGGUCAUGCAGGAAGGCCUCGCCCAUAUCUGCUUAGUCACUCCCAGCAUGACCCUCACUCGGGCCAAGGUGGAGGUGAACAUCCCUAGGAAACGGAAAGGCAACUGUUCCCAGCAUGACCGGGCCUUGGAGCGAUUCUACGAACAGGUGGUCCAGGGUAUCCAGCGCCACAUAAACUUUGAUGUUGUGAAGUGCAUCCUGGUGGCCAGCCCAGGAUUCGUGAGGGAGCAGUUCUGCGACUACAUGUUUCAACAAGCAGUGAAGACCGACAACAAAGUGCUCCUGGAAAACCGGUCCAAAUUCCUUCAGGUACAUGCCUCCUCUGGACACAAGUACUCCCUGAAAGAGGCCCUUUGUGACCCUUCUGUAGCUAGCCGCCUUUCAGACACUAAAGCCGCUGGGGAAGUAAAGGCUUUGGAUGACUUCUAUAAAAUGUUACAACAUGAACCUGACCGAGCUUUUUAUGGACUCAAGCAGGUAGAGAAGGCCAAUGAGGCUAUGGCAAUCGACACAUUGCUCAUCAGUGAUGAGCUUUUCAGGCACCAGGAUGUAGCCACACGGAGCCGAUAUGUGAAGCUGGUGGACAGUGUGAAAGAGAAUGCGGGCACUGUUAGGAUAUUCUCUAGUCUUCAUGUAUCUGGAGAACAGCUCAGUCAGUUGACUGGAGUGGCUGCCAUUCUCCGCUUCCCUGUCCCUGAACUCUCUGACCAAGAAGAUGAUUCCAGUUCUGAGGAAGAUUAA